UGAGGGUACCCGGAGUGUAGAACCAGUUGAACUGAAAUGAGAUUUUAAAGUUAGUUUUCCCGCGGCUCUCGUGGUGUGUAGUUUGUUGUUGAGUAAUAAUUUUUAUUUUUCAUAUACUUUUAAGACAAUUUAAGUUUCUUUAUAUUUAGAGUCCGCGGGCUAUUAUUAUAUUUCUUUGUAAAAAAAAUUAACUAUGUUUUUAAUGAUCAAUAUGGAUUAUAUUUUAUUUUCUUAAAAUUGUGCGACGUUUAUGGCGUCUAUGGCUGCGAAUAUCUUGUUAGUAGCCGUUGUCAUCGUGCUUUUAGCAGCUAUUACUCAAUCUCUCUUGUCCGAAAAAAUCGACACUGUGCAAGUAACUUGCUCAAAAAAAUGCCCUCGUCAGAAUGAAACUAAAAGUGAUGAAGAUAUUCUAUGUGGCAAUCAAUGUAUAACAAACCAGUGUUUCAAAGGAUGCUCAUUAUGGAAUAAAGCACUUAAAAGAAAUUGUAUAAGUGUUUGUACUGAUUUUGAUGAAAGAUAUAAUUUUACAUAUGGUCAACAUUAUUGUACAGCUGGUUGUAAUGAUGCUAUUAGCUUAUAUUUUCAAAGGAUACAAAAUGAAGUUGGUAUACUACCACCACCAACUUUAGUACCCAAUAGUUUAAUGGAUACAUCUUUAAAAUUACAAUGGAAAGGUGUGAAGAGAAAUGACUUUCUAUAUAAAAUUCAAUGGAAGCUUGAGUAUAAUUCAAGCUUUUGGCAAUAUUGUCAAAAGCAAGAUUGGAUUAAUAAUUUUAUUGUAAAAUUGGAAGAUUUGUUACCUUUUACUAAUUAUAGGUUCCGAGUAGUCUUACUAUUGGAAUGGUCUGGAACGUUGCAGCUUAUAGUUUCUGAUCCAAGUGUUGUCAUAAGUACGAGACCCAGUAAAGUUCCACCUUCUUCAGCACCAAAAAUUGUGAGAAUAACUCCUACAGAUUCUAGUAUAUCCAUCACAUGGGCAGCUAUACCAUUUCCUUUAGCCCCAAUCCUAUCCUAUCAUUUAACUAUCCAAGAAUUUUCAAAAGGGUACUAUGCAUUCAAGGAAAUUUUAACAGAAAAAGAAAACAAAAUUGAAAAUGUUUACAUGUUUCGGAAUUUAGAACCUCAUAAAAACUAUUCUAUAACAGUUGCUGCUAGAAAUGAAUUUGGAGAUGGGUCCAUAACAGCAGCUAUAGUAACAACUCUUCCAUCAACUAAGUUGAAAUAUACUCCAGAACCUAUUAAUUUAAUCUUAAUAUCAGAUUACAGUAUUUAUUGUACUGGUAAAGAAUUGUAUGAUAUUCCUAGACAGUUGUAUCAUCACAAUAAGAAAAUAAAUAGUAUGACGCUGAAAAGUUAUGCAGCGUUGCGUAGGCCAAAUGGCAUUGCUAAAAAUCCAUAUAAUCCGAAUGGCAUUUUAAGAGAAAAUUUAUUUGGAGGUCAAAGAGAACUACUUAUAUCGUCUAGUACAGCUAAAGAAUUGAAGGUUGAAUCUGUUGGAGGAUACUUAUAUUGGUCUACUGAAUAUUCAAUUCAAUCAUCUAAACUUAAUGGAAAAGAACUUUAUAAUUACUACACAGUUAACUAUAUAACUGGAGAAAUUACAAGUUUGGCUGUAGAUUCUGUUGGACAUUGGGUAUAUUGGAUACUAAGAGAAAAGGAUAAGUCAAAGUUAUUUCGAGCGCCUACUUUUGAAAAACUUAUAGAUUCUAUUUUUAGUCCUGUGCAGGAGUUUGAAAAUUUAAAUUCUCAAGGACCUUUAUUCUAUGUAGACCAUCAUUUAUUGUGGCUUCAAAAUGGUAAUGAUUUGGUGAUUAGUGAUUCAGAUGGUCAGUAUCCAGCCAUCAUAAAAGCUUUGAAUUUUAAUGGUAUACAGACAUUUACUGUGCUUGAUCCACAUACCCGACCUAAACCUAAUGGAUCUAAUACUACAGUUAUACCUGAAGAAGUUAAUAUUAAUAUGAUUAAAGUGUAUCCUAAAAUUAAUGAUACAACUUUUGAAAUUGUAUGGAACCCAGUGACUAAUGUUAACCAUGGAUUGGUUUUAUAUAAUGUAAUAGUUUUGGAAAAGGAAGACAAUACAAAUUCAUGCAUUAGUAAUUUUAAUACACCCAAUACUCAUGUUUUAAUACACAGUGUUCCGUUAAAAAUAAGUAUUGAAGCAACUACUGUAUGGGGCUCAUCUAAAACUGUUACUGUUUUUUCACCAAUUCCUCCUGAGCCUACUAAUAUAAGAAUUUUUACAAAAAUUAACUUCUCUGACCAAAAUAGAGAUAUUGUCUUACAACACUCUAGAUUAGACAAUAUAUCUCAUUAUGAAGUUCAUUGUCAAUACAAUAAUGACUAUAUCUGGAGAAAUUGCUCAAAUAAAACAAUUAUUUCUUCAAGUAUUCAAACAACCUGGAAAAAUCUAUCAUUAAACAUAGAUUAUGAAUUCAAAAUUAAAGCUUGUUCAACAGCAAGUUGUGGAAAAUGGAGUAAAGUUAUUGUUCUAAAUAAAGUUUUUUCAGUUACAAGUUUAAAUACUGCAAUGGUAUUUGAUUCUGAAAUAUUAAUAUUUCAUGCAAACAAGCUAAAUAACCAAACACUUAUUAAGACUGAUAGUUUAGUGAAAUUUGUAGCAUUUGAUUCUCUUGAAGAUAUUGUUUAUUGGAGUGAUGGUAUCAACAUUUUUAAUUCUUCUAUUAAUAUAUCUGAUCAAACUAAGGUUUAUACUAAAACAGAUAAUCGAGUGAAGAUUGAAAACUUGUCAUUUGAUUGGGUGUCAAGAACAUUACUUUGGUGUGAAACCUCUAUUAAUCAGUCUACUAUUAUAAGUUGGGACCUUAUAUCUGGAUCUCGAAAUAUUAUCAUUACAAGUUUACAUAGUACUAUAAAUUUUUUAGUAGUUCCUUCUGAAAGAAUGUUGAUUUGGAUUGAAAAAUCUAACUUUUAUGGUACUAAGAAAGUAAUGAAACUGAGUAUGGAUACUCAUAGUAUUCAUCGAUUUUAUAAUUCUAUUUUGGAUAAUGAAAAAAACAAUUGUAAUUGUUCAAAUAUGAACCCUAUUAAUGAUGUUAUUACUUUAUACAUUUCCAAUAAUGGCAAAAAUAAACUUCUAUGGAUUGAUAGUGACAAACAAAAUAUUAUUAUUUCUGAUAUAUAUGGUUGUGAAUGUUGGACUGUAAAAUUUAUGUUUCCAAUACAUGGCAUAACAUCAAUGGCUGUUGAUAGGAAUAACUUAUUUUGGACUACAAAUAAAAAAUCUUUAUAUUUUUUAAGUAUUGAAGAAGAAAAUAAUCUGCCUAUCAUCAAAAAUUACAAUACGACUAAUUAUUUGGAUAACAUAAAUGCUGUUUUUACAAUUGAUAGAAUGCCUGAAACAUUUAAACGACCGAAUCCACCAGGACUUCCAAAGGUAAAUUGUUUGUUAUCUGGUUGUACCGUUCAUUGGGACAAGUCAGAGUCUGCUGUAGAAGUAAUAUAUCAUUUGGACAGGAGAUUUGUUAUAGAUGAUAGAAAUAAAAGAAGUUUGAGAAAUAUAGAACAUGACUGGAUGCCAGUUUAUAAAGGACCUAAUAACUAUUGGUUUAUUCCUGAUGUUAAACCAAAUUUGUCAUUUAUGUUUCGAGUAAGAGCACGCAAUACAUUUGGUUGGAGUGACUAUAUAGCUUCUGAUGAACCUUUUAAAGCUCAAUACCAAGUUGAAACUUUAAGAGAUGAAAAUAUUCCAAAAAUUGUUUUAAUUGCAUGUUUUAUAUUCAUGUGUUUAAUUUUAGCCAUGAUUACAAAUUACUAUUGGGGACCAUGUAAAACCAAAGGACCUAUGAGACCUGAUGUAGAGUUAGGUCGGCUGAGAGAAAUGCCUCAAAGGUCAACUUUCUUUCACGCAAUUAAUGUUGGAUAUCAAGGUGCUGUUUUAUUUAAAAAAAAAGAAAAAAGUGAAUUACCAAUUAUUAAACGGGAGCAGAUCUCACUUAAUAAACAGUUAGGAUCUGGAGCAUUUGGGGAAGUCUUUGAAGGCAAGAUUAAAAAUCUUAUUAAUUGUGAAACUGAAACAAGAGUUGCCAUUAAAGUAUUGAAAGAAGGAGCAACUCAAAGUGAAAUGGCAGCAUUCAUGAAAGAAGCUAAGCUAAUGAAUAACUUUAAACAUAAACAUAUUUUGCAACUUAUUGGAGUUUGUAUAGAUAAUGAUCCAAAUUUUAUUAUUAUGGAACUUAUGGAAGGUGGAGAUUUAUUAAGUUAUUUAAGGAAAAACAGGCCUACUUCAGUAACCAAGUCAUGUUUAACACUAAUUGAUUUAAUUCGAAUGUGUAUUGAUGUAGCAGAAGGUUGUUCAUAUUUGGAACAAAUGCAUUUUGUUCAUCGAGAUUUAGCAUGUAGAAAUUGCUUGAUAACAUCAUCUGAUCCUAGAAAUCUUGUUGUCAAAAUAGGAGAUUUUGGUCUAGCUCGCAAUAUUUACACUCAUGAUUAUUAUAGAAGGGCUGGAGAAUCUUUAUUGCCUGUAAAAUGGAUGUCACCAGAAUCAGUUGUGGAUUGUGUAUUUACUUGUCAAUCAGAUGUUUGGGCUUUUGGUGUUUUAUUGUGGGAAAUAAUGUCAAUGGGACAACACCCAUAUCCAGGAUAUUCAAAUUUUAAGGUUAUUUGUUAUGUACAACAAGGUGGGCGACUAGAAAAACCAAUAAAUUGUCCCAGAACUUUGUAUAACUUAAUGCAACGAUGUUGGAGUGAUGAUCCAAUUAAACGACCUAAAUUUGAGUACUGUUUAAAAAUUUUAAAAUCAUUUAUGGCCAUGCCAUUAGAUUAUGUCAAUAUAUCAUAUGACUCACAACUACAAAAUUUAUCUACAUCAGAGUCUUAUACAGUUGAUAUUACUUAUUCAGGUUCUUACGAUAAACAAAUUACACAUCCUAAAACAAAUGAAGGAUAUGAAGUGCCUGACAAAAUUAUUAACAAUGAAUACUUAAAUCUUGGAGGUAUAGAAUAUCUUGAUUUAUCAAAAACUUCUUUGAAACCACCUAUAGCAAAUAAUGCUAGAAACACUGAACCGGAAUUAAUAAUGACUGAAGACACAUUAUUAUAUUGCAAUAUGAGUACAGAACAAUCAUAAUUUAAAUGAAAGUGAGGUUUUAAGAGGAACAAAAGGCAUACAAGACUUAAAAAAUUUUUGUUAAAAUGUUUAAUAUUUACUAUAUUAAAAUAAAAAGAAAUGUGAUAUAUUUGGGAGUAAUUAUUUACUCUUUGUUCAGCUUUAAACUUAAUUUUUGUAUAUAUUUAUUGAAAUUUUUGUUAACUAAACAUUGUUUUUUACUAAUAGGUUGUUAAUUUUUGUUGAAUUAUUUAUUGAAUUUUAUUUUUUUGUAUACAUUUGAUUGAUUACUGUUAAUAGUCAAUGAUAAUUGACAACAUCAUACUAUAUUUAAGUUAUGUAAUAAUUAUUUGAAACAUAUUUUUUCCAUUUAUUUAAUUUAAAAAAAAAUGUAUAUAAACACA